UUUUAAGUUUAAACCUUAAAAAUAGGAAGUGCAUGCAGCAAUACAUAUACACGCAUUUAAUUGCACUAGCCAUUUUUUUCAUUGACGUUAAAAGUUUUUGGUCGUGUUCGUUCUUGUUUAUCCAUGGAAGUUGUUACCAUUAAAAACGUUACAUAAAAAAGGAAGCUAACAAACAGGGCACCUGUCGAAACGCAGUGUGCACUGUGGUCUGUAGGAGGAGGAAGAGAGAAAAGAAGUAAGAGAGAAGACAGUAAGGCUGCCGUCGUUGGGGUAUUAUAAAGACUCAAAAUUGAUAGAAAUAACAAAAAAGCUGCUGCAACUGGUGCCUCUUCCGAGGACCAGCCGCCGCGCAAAAAAGGACGACGUUCAGCAGCAGGACGGACGGACGAUUUUACUGGAAUAAACAAUAGUAGUGGCCUCCGUUCGUUUUUAUCGGAAGACAGCGAAACAGCAACAACGUCAAGAGCUGCAGCCGCAGCACAGCAAGAGCGGAUACGCAAUCAAAAUAAUCGUGAAAAACAGACAAAAGGUGAUUCAGCGAAUCAAAACGCAAACAAUAACAACAGUACUAACAAAGAAAACAGCCAAGAGGAGAACAAACAACUCGAACAACAGCACCAUCGUAAUAAAGUCACUGAAACAGAAAAAGCAGACUCCAGGGCGAAUAUGGAAAACGUAGCCUUGAACCCUUCUACAUCUCAAGGAAUAGAAACGACGAACAUGGCGAAUAUAAGUAACAAUGCUGGCAGUAGUCAUGAAAGUGACUCGUCAUCCGUAGCAGGAUCAGUGAACGUAAAUUCAACAAAUACGAACGGUCACGACGCUAAACAUAAUCAUAAUGGAUUCACUGCCAACAAUAAUAAUAACGACAACACAGAGCUUUCCAAUGCUCGCGAUGAUCAAAAUAAUCACAAUGAGACAAAUAAUACAAUUUCAUGGUUAGGAAAAUCAAAUCAAGAAAUUAUACGUCUGAUUGGACAAUAUUUGCAAGAUUUGGGACUUGAAAAAUCUGUGAAUACAUUAAUGUCCGAAUCUGGUUGCUAUUUGGAACAUCCAUCUGCAACGAAAUUUCGUGAACACGUUCUAUCAGGAGAGUGGAGCAAAGCAGAUGCAGACCUUAAGGAAUUGGAACCACUUAUAGAUAAUGGAAAACCAUCGACCAUUAUAGAAAUGAAAUUUAUAUUGUUGGAGCAAAAGUAUCUCGAAAACCUCGACGAUGGUUGUCCUUUGGAAGCUCUGCACGUAUUACGAAAUGAGCUUACGCCACUACAGCAUAAUAUAUCACGCGUUCAUCAAUUGUCCUCUUAUAUGAUGUGUUCAAAUAAUCACGAUCUUUACCAGCGCGCCAAGUGGGAAGGCAAAGGCAUAUUGUCCCGUGCUUUAGUUAUGGAACGGUUGCAGACGUUUUUGCCACCAUCAGUGAUGAUGGCUCCGAGGCGAUUGCGUUCUUUAUUGCAACAAGCCGUUGAACUGCAGACCCAAAACUGCUUAUUUCACGAUAUGGCGUGGGAAACUAAUUUACAAAAUGUGUCUUUGCUGACUGAUCACUGCUGUGCCACGGAUGGAUUCCCUUUGCAAACUAUCCAAAUUUUGUCAGACCACUGUGAUGAGGUGUGGUUUUGUAAGUUUUCACCUGAUGGCUUGAAAUUAGCAACAGGCAGUAAGGAUGGAGCCAUUAUUAUUUGGGAUGUCGAUCCGUACAAAUUGCAGUUGAAACAACGCCGGCUUUUGGAUAGCCAAACCCAAAUGAGCGUAGCAUUCAUCAACUGGAGCCCAGAUUCGAAAAUGAUUCUGGUUGGUGGUCCAGAGGAUUCCACUGAAAUUUGUAUUUUCAAUGUUGACGAUGGUCGUCUUCUGAUGAAAAUGAACAAUAUGAAUCAAGAAGAUAGCUUGUCCUGCGGGGCUUUCAAUCGCGAUGGCACUAGGUUUGUAUGCGGUGGACAAAAAGGACAAUUUUAUCUGUGUGAUCUCAAAGGUACCGUCCUCGAUUCGUGGGAGGGUGUGCGAAUCAAUAGCGUAGCCUAUAGAUCAGAUAACAAAACUAUACUAGCCGCUGACAAUCACUUUCGCAUUCGUGGGUACAAUUUUGAAAAUCCUCGAACUGAUUUUGAUGUUCUUAAGGAAUCACAUCCUAUCAUGACAUUUUCGGUCAAUUCGGCAGAUCGUUUAGCAUUGCUUAAUAUAUCCAAUCAGGGACUGCACUUGUGGGACUUGGAGGACAAAUGUCUCCUGCGUAGCUUCCAGGGUAUACGCCAAAGCAAUUUCGCUAUACACUCUUGCUUUGGUGGCGUCAAUGAAAGCUUCGUAGCUAGUGGUAGCGAGGAUAAACAUGUCUGCAUUUGGCAUAUCAAGCGAGAAGAACCUCUAGCAAAAUUGUCAGGCCAUGCGAAAACUGUUAACUGUGUUUCUUGGAACCCAGUCUAUCCCUCUUUGUUGGCUUCAGCUAGUGACGAUUCCACCGUUCGUAUAUGGGGGCCGACUGCUACACACAACGUAAACGCAACACCAGAAAGCGAUGAUUGUUCAUCCUGUUCUUCUUCGUCGUCAUGGAAUAUGACAUCCUAGAGUAUAGCAAUUGAUGUUGCGCAGUUUUAAUAUAAUUCACAUGUAAUGGAAGCAUACGGACUCUUUAUUGUAAGAAAUUUACUUCAUUGUCAUUAAAUCAUGUCACACCUAAACUACUACUGCACUAUUCAUUUGAUAGCUUAUUAUAUUACAACGCAGACUGUCGGCAUGCACUCAUUAACAAAACCGAUUAAUCAUGUUAACAUUUGACGAUGUGUAGAAUAAUAAUAAAGCGAAGAGAGGGGCUAUUAUGUUGGUGCAUUUUGUUUUCCCCAUCUCAUUGCUUCCAUUGUUAA